GUGAUCGUCUAAGAUGACAUUCGUAUUUCCUACUCCAUAACAAAAUAACAAAAGCUAAAUUCAGAGAUAAUUGUUUUUUUUUGCUGUUAUCUGGCGCCAAUGAAGCUUCACUGCAUGCAGUCGCCGGUAGUGAGCAGCAUUCCUCGGAGCCUGCCGUUUGAGAAGCCCUUUUCAUGUGGCCAAUCUGUUCUCAAUCUGACCGCUAGUAAGAAGGCCUGUCUCCAUGCCAGGAGGAUUAGAUUUCUUGAUUUCGGAGCUCGAUCAUCAGGAAUCACAACAAUCAGAUCACAGGCACAAUCUACCACACCAAGUAAUGGUGACCAAAAGGAUGGAAAUCUUGUAUUUGUCGCAGGGGCUACUGGCAAAGUUGGAUCACGAACUGUGAGGGAGCUCUUAAAAUUAGGAGUACACGUUCGAGCUGGUGUUAGGAGUGUUCAGAGAGCUGAACCCCUUGUGCAAAGUGUCCGGAACUUGAAGCUUGAAGAUGUUGCAGGAGGCACUCAACCUAUAGAUAAGCUUGAACUCGUGGAGUGUGACUUGGAGCAGCUGGACCGGAUAAAGCCAGCACUAGGCAAUUCGUCAAUUGUUAUAUGCUGUAUUGGUGCUAGUGAGAAGGAGGUUCUUGAUAUUACUGGACCUUACCGGAUUGACUACCAGGCUACCAAAAAUUUGAUUGAUGCAGCAACCUCUGCAAAAGUUGAACAUUUCAUUUUGGUCACAUCUCUGGGAACAAACAAAGUUGGAUUUCCUGCUGCUAUCUUGAAUCUGUUCUGGGGAGUCCUUAUAUGGAAAAGAAAAGCAGAAGAAGCACUCAUUGCGAGUGGUCUUCCUUAUACAAUAGUAAGGCCUGGAGGGAUGGAGCGGCCUACUGAUUCGUUUAAGGAAACUCAUAAUGUUACCUUAUCAGAGGAGGAUACUUUAUUUGGCGGCCUAGUGUCAAACCUGCAGGUAGCAGAACUACUGGCGUUCAUGGCAAAGAACCGCAGCCUUUCUUACUGUAAAGUUGUCGAAGUAGUUGCAGAAACUACAGCUCCUUUGACUCCUUUCGGAGAUCUCUUGAAAAGGAUACCAUCUCAGAGACCAGAUUACAGUGUUAAGGAACAAGAUGAAUCGGAUCAAUCGCCGCCUGUUAUAUCAGACAGCACCCCCCCUGUGGAAGAGCCUAAGCCCGCUGUGGAAGAACCUAAGCCGGCUGAGGAAGAACCUGAGCAAAUUAAGGCAACUAAAGCAACACCUCUGUCUCCCUAUGCUGCCUAUGAAGAUCUAAAGCCACCAUCAUCUCCCACUCCUAUUGCGAGCACUGGUGCUGGUGCCACCAAGCCAGAGAUCGUGCCAGCUCCAGCAAGUUCCCCGCCUUUAUCAGUUGAAGCCAGUUCUUCAGAGACAUCAAUAGAAGAUGCAAUUCCUCAGACUGUACCAAAGAAAGCACAUGCCUACUCGCCGUACAUAAAUUACGAAGACUUAAAACCACCCAGCUCGCCAACUCCAACUUUUAGUAGUUCGAAAAAGGAGACUCCUGUAGAAGUGGAACCGCAGCUCACUGGGGGGAAUGAUGUCCCGACUUCACCUUCUCCUAGUUUGCCAACACUGUCUUCAAACAGCGAACCUGAAAAGCCAGUUGAUGAGAAACCAGAAAGCCAUACUGAACCAAAGGCCAAACCCCUUUCACCCUACACAAUGUAUGAGGAGAUGAAACCACCGAGUACCCCGACACCUUAUUCAAACUAAGCUCUGAGUGUGAGUGAAAAGCUUCGGUAAAGAGGUGCAGGUUUUGCAUUCUUUUUUCAGCACACUCACUCUCUCCUCUAUGACUAUUUGAAUGAGGGAUCAUUCUUUGUAUAAAUAGUUAUUUAUGUUAUUCUGAGCAAGUUGAGGAUGCAUCGGCUAUGUUUUGGGGUGAAUUAUGCCAUCUGUAAUUCUCACUUUCUUCAUGAAUGAUUUCGAGCCAUUGUCUGUAAUUCGCAUUGUGAUGACAUUUGUUUAUUAUGACUAUGAUAACUGUUGCCUAUAAUUGUCUUUA